AUGGCGAAUGUCCGUGAUAGUGAUACAUCGUUAUGGCUUCACAAUAAACUCGGCACGUCUAACGAUUCAUGGACUGGCGGCUCAAUAUGCUCUCAACUGAACGCCGAAGUUCUAAGGAACAUUAAAGACUGUUUUCCUGAUUUACAAACGCAAGUUAAACUAAAACUCUUACUUAGUUUCUUUCAUAUUCCAAGGCGUAAUGUCGAUGAGUGGAGAGUUGAAUUGGAAGAAAUUUUGGAGGUAGCCCAAAUGGAUUCAGAGCCAUGGGUUUCUAUGCUGGCAGAAAUUAUGAAAACUUUACCUGGUUCUGGUUCUCUCAAUUCCGAUAUUAGAGAAAUUGAAGAAAAUAAAAGAAUUUUUUCUGAUUUAGUAAAUGAUUUAAAAAAAUUAGUCAAAAAAAAAGCUGAUUUAGGAAUGCUUCCCUUAGAAUGUCAUUAUCUUAGUAAGCCAGCUUUAUUGUCUCUGGUUGGGCAACAACCAGCACAAGUUAAACAUUUUACAUUAAAAAGAAAACCAAAGAGUGCUGCACUUAGAGCUGAAUUACUUCAAAAAUCAACAGAUGUACAGAAUAGUGUUAAAAAAGGUCCUGCACCGACAAUACCUCUAAGAUCUAGAGGAAUGCCUAGAAAAGUAACUGAUACUACUCCAUUAAAGGGAAUUCCAUCUCGUGUUCCAACUGGUGGAUUUAGGAGUCCUCCAUUGACAAAUACUAGUAUGAGUAGAACUCCACUAGGUAAAAGUGUCAUGAAGAGAAAAGAUGGAGGUAUUAAGUUAUUAGAUAUAAAUGAGCAACCCAUGGGUUAUGCUCAAGCUAAAAAGAGAAAGAGAAUGCAAGAAUUAGAAGAUGCUAAAAAGGCUUCAGAAGAAGCUGCAUUGAAAGCUGCAGAAUCUUCAGCUACUCCAGAAUAUGCAGUGGGAUUAACUUCUUUAAAUCCACCUACGCCUGUUGCUUCUGGCCAAAGCGUUAUUAGAGAAAUUGUAUCAACAACUCCAAUGCCUCCUCUUACUCCCGUUACGCCUUCAACUCCAGUGGCCUCAAGCACGGCGGUGACUCCGUCUUCCAUUCAGGAAAUUUCAACUGCCACCGUUAUUCAAACAAAUGCAUCCGUGCUUACACCUUUGACCCCCGUUAGUCCCGCUAUCAGUCAGUCAACACCUCCCGUACCUGAUUUGACACCUCUACAGACUGUUCAGACACCAAAUGGAACUCCAGCGCAAGUUAUUAUUCAAAGGCAACAAGGUGUUACGCAGUAUAGGAUAGCUCAGCCUACAUUAGUGACAACAGUGCCUAAUCAACAACAGUCAAAUCUCAGAAGAGGACUAUCGUUGACGAGAGAGCAAAUGUUGGAGGCCCAAGAAAUGUUUAGAGUAGCUAAUAAAGUUACCAGGCCUGAAAAGGCUCUUAUAUUAGGUUUUAUGGCUGGAUCAAGAGAAAAUCCAUGUCCGCAUUUGGGAAAUAUAGUCACGAUUAAACUGAGUGAAAAUCAAGAAAACGUUUUGCAGACUGAUGGUACAUAUUUGACAAUGAUGGUAGAAACUCAUUUUCAAAUGAAUUAUUCAACGGGAGAAUGGAAAAGAAUAAGAAAAUUAAGAAAAAUUGACGAAAGCAUGGUCAUACCUAUACAAAGCGUAUCUAGCUGA